GGUAGAGAUCUUCCAGUUAUUCCCAUGCACAAUCUGAACUAGAAGUUACUACCAAUAUGGCCGUUAAUAUUGUGAAUUUCCGCUUGCAUUUCUCUUCAGUUCCUUGUAUGCUCAAACCAACUUCUCUUGCACCUGUAAACCGAUCCUCCACUGCAGGCAAAGUUGUGAAAAUCUCUAGUAUCCGAUGUACUACUACUCAUGAUAAAAUAUCGAACGACAGAAGAUCCGGAAAUUAUCCUCCUUCUACGUGGGAUUAUGAUUUUUUCCAAUCUCUUACCAGUAGUUUUAAGGGAGAAAUUUGCAGUAAACAAGCUUGUGAAUUAAAAGAAAAUGUGAGGUUGCUGCUCAACAAAGAGGACUUGGACAGCCUCCAUAAACUUGAGUUAGUCGAUACUAUUCAAAGACUUGGAGUGUCCUAUCACUUUGAGGAUGAAAUUAAGAGGAUACUGGAGGCUAUAUACAACAAUGAUGAGGAGUUGAACAGUCAGGAUCUUCAUGCCACAUCUCUGAAAUUUAGACUCUUAAGGCAACAUAACUUUAAUGUUCCUCAAGAUAUUUUUAAGCAAUUUAUGGACAAAUCGGGGAAAUUUAAGGCCAGCCUCAGCAAAGAUAUGAAGGGUGUGGUACAAUUGUACGAGGCAUCGUACCUUUCAAUAAAGAAUGAAGAAAUCAUGGACGAGGCGCAAGAUUUCUCAACGAAGCACAUGACAGACUACAUAAAUGAUAUCAGCUGUAAAGAUGAAAUUCUUGUUAAGCUUGUCUGUCAUGCAUUGGAGUUUCCACAACGUUGGAGGGAGCCGAGGCAAGAAGCUAGGUGGUUCAUUGAGUUUUAUGAGACGUCUGCACCAGCAGAAGACUAUGUCUCUAGCUUGCUCUCCUUUGCAAAAUUGGACUACAACAUGGUGCAGGCAAUCUAUCAAGAUGAUCUCAGAUACAUGUCAAAAUGGUGGAAGGACACGAAAUGGGGUGAAAAAUUAGGGUUCGCUAGGGAAAGGUUAAUGGAGUGUUUCCAGUGGAGUAUGGGCUAUAACCCUAACCCUGAGUUUAGUUAUGGAAGGAAGGUGCUCACUGCCGUGACAACCUUCAUAACUACUAUCGAUGAUAUCUAUGACGUUUAUGCCACUCUGGAGGAACUUGAAUUGUUGACACAAUUAACCAAAAGAUGGGAUGUGGCAGAGCUGGACCAACUGCCAGAUUAUGUAAAGGUUUGUUUUAAAGUGUUCUAUGAUAAUAUCAAUCAAGUAGCCGAGGUUGCAGAAAGGGAACAUGGUAUCUCUGUCCUUCCUUACAUCCAAAAAGCGUGGACUGAUCUAUUUGACGCUUAUUUGGUGGAGGCCAAGUGGUACCACAGUGGAUAUAAACCAAGUCUCAGUGAAUACCUCGACAAUGCCUGGAUCUCAAUAACAGGGCCGGUAAUCCUUACUCACUUGUAUUUCUUAACUGAACCAUCCUUCACCGACGAAGCCUUACAAAGCAUCAUGAAUUAUCCCAAAAUAGUUCGUCUCGCGGCCAUGAUUGUAAGAAUUACAGAUGAUAUGGGAACCUCAUAUCAUGAACUAGAGAGGGGGGACACUCCAAAAGUGGUCCAAUGUUACAUGAAUGAUAAGGGUGUUUCGGAAGACGCAGCUAGAGAAUACGUUAAGCGAAUGUUGAUUGAGAUCUGGAAGGAGUUAAAUGAAGAGAUGCAAGCUGCAGAGUCUACAUUUUCGAAGCCUUUUAUUGAUGUGUGCUUCAAUCUGGCUAGGAUAACUACAUGCAUGUAUAUGUAUGGAGAUGGACAUGGUGCACCAACUGCUAAGGAUAGAGACCGUUCAACAUAUCUAAUCGUUGACCCCAUACCUAUUUAGUAUACUCGAUUUAUCUUCUUCAUUGUCUUGCAAUUAAUAAUGUACUACUCUACUGCAUUUUUCUAACACUCACCGUUUCAGAUGUUUCGUGAGUCGACUUCCGUAACUAGGGUUCUAGCCACCACUUCUCCAUUUUUCAAAUCUUCAUCCUCGAUUAAGCCCCAUUCGUUCUCCCAUCUUCUCUUCUAUUUACCGAUUUUCAAUAAAAACUAGACCUAAUCUUUUUCUGGAUGAGAUUCGGUUUAGUACUUCAUCAAAGUUGUUAGUCAUGUUCAUCGUUUUGGAAUGUUAGUGUGUUAUGUUCAUCUUUUGGAAUGUUAGUGUGUGAUGUUUGGAUAUUUUUGUGUGUUUUGGUACCGAUUUCGGUAGUUUUCUGGGAAGGGUUUAUAUUCCAUUUUGAGAGAUCUAUAUCACAAGAGUUCACCAUAAAUUUGCUCCAAUAUCAGUUGAUGUAACUAUAGUUCAGAAUAUUGUGCAACACAUGGUGUUUAUGUGAAGGUUAAUUGCAAUGAUUUAGUUAUAUUUAAAUCUUAUCGGCACUAGUAUUUUAUAGUAAUGAUUAUCUUGUAAUGAUUAGUCAUAUUUAAAUCUAAUCGGCACUAGUAUUUUAUAGUAAUGAUUAUCUUGUAAUGAUUAUUCAGGUAACUAAUCAGUUAAAUUAACCAUCUUUAGAACAUGUCUUUCAAGAGGCGAAAGCAGUUGAGCAAAUACUACUUUCUCUUGGAAGCUGUAUCGUACAAAAUUUUUCAUCUCUUUUAUGCAACAACCUGAUUUCAAAUCACUAAUUAGAACAUUUUCCAUUCACUUGACAACUAAAAAGAAAUCCCAUUGG